AUUUGUCUCAAACUUUGUCCUACUACCAUUCCAAUCUCGUUCCCAGAGCCUGCGUUUCUACUGGUCAGCACCCAGACAUUCGUUUAAGAGCCAUUGAAUUAGGGUCUUUCUGUGUUCUCCUUCAUCAGCGCGUCGUUGUUUAUCGAAGGUUUUCCGUAUAUCCAAAUGCAUAGUUGUCCAUACUGUACUAGUUUUCUUGGUAGAAGCUUCAAAAAGUUAUUACAUCAUAUCAAAUUUAUUCACAGUCAUGAACCAAACUUUAGCAUCACAUGCAGACAAUGCGGCCAGUCAUUUCGAAAAUUCAAUUCGUUCAAAUCCCAUAUCCAGAGAGAAGAGAAGAAGAAUGCACUGUUAAAUUUUGCGAACGUAAGUGAGCAAGGCGAUGAAGACGUAGAAGAUGAAAACUCUGAUGAAGAAGAUGGAGAAGACAACGAUUCAAAUGAAGACACAAACUACGUCGACGAUGUGACAAGAUUCUUGGCACUGUUUAUUUUAAAAACCAAAGAAGAAAAUCAACUAAGCCAACAGACAAUCAAUGCUAUUCUUGACAAUACAGGAGACCUAGUGGACAGUAGCUUAGUGGAAAUGAAAAACAAAGUGGUGGCAUGCCUUCAAAGCAGUGGAAUAGAAAUUGCUGAUGUUGAGGGCCUAUCUGGAGUACUUGAUGAGCCAAGUAUCUACUCCCAAGCAAAACAACGUUUGCAGAAUGAAUACCAACAGAUGAAGUACUUUGUUGAGAAUUUUAACUUUGUGGAGCCACAGGAAGUCAUCCUCAAUCAAUAUGCUGAAUAUCGCUAUCUGCAAGGCAAGCAAAAACUCUGCCUGGUCAAGGAAACAUUUCAUUACAUCUCGAUACUGAAAACCCUACAAUCUUUGCUCAAUCAGGCAGAUGUUUUAUGUGAGGAGCCUUUUACUUCAAUCUGGGAAAUCUUAGUCCAGAAUACCGUUCUGUUAUCAACUCAAUUCAGCUAAUUGCUUUGUGCCGAGUACCGCUCAUAAAAAAGUAUGGAAUGAAUAGGAUACUGCAGCCAUUCAUGCAAGACCUGCAUCAACUAGAGGCAGAUAGAGGUGUAACAUUUUGGAUAGAUGAACAAGAAAGAACAUUCAGUGGUUCCAUUGGACCUUAUUCAAGUGACAAUCUUGGGGCACAUUCUCUUGGUGGUUUUCAGGAGAGCUUUUCUGGUCUAAGGAUUUGUAGAAUUUGUAUGGCAACUAGAGAAGACACUAACACAAAGUUUACAGAAGCAGAUUUUCAAAUUAGAACAAGAGCAAUCCAUGACAGACAUUGCCGGCUUGUAGAAAAUGAUGCAAAUCUAGAAGCAACUUAUGGGGUAAAAACAAGAAGUGUUCUCAACCAGUCCCGUUACUUCCACAUUACUGAUGGACUUGUUCUUGAUGUCAUGCAUGACCAACUUGAGGGAGUGCUGCCCCUAGAAGUCAAGAUUCUGUUACAGAAGUACAUUCAAGAGGAAAAUUAUUUCACACUUGAAAUUGUGAAUGACAGAUUAGAAAGAUUGUGGUAUCCUCAAUCUGAUGCUAGCAAUAAACCAAGUCCUAUAAAGCCGCAGUCAUUGGCAAACAAUUCAAUGAGGAUUUCACAGUCAGCAGCUCGGAUGUGGUGCCUGGCAAGAAUGUUUCCUAUACUUAUAGGAGACUUGAUUCCACAAAAUGAUGAGCACUGGGAAAACUUUUUGCGACUACUGAAAAUUGAAGAAAUUGUUUUUGCUCCUAAAGCAACACCACAGCUGGCUGCAUAUCUUGGAGUUCUCAUAGAGGAGUACCUAGAGGACUAUGUCAACCUCAAUGACCGGCUUCCAAUCCCAAAACAGCAUUACAUGGUGCAUUACCCAAAUCAAAUUAUCAAAAAUGGUCCCCUAGUAAGAAACUGGGCCAUGAGGUUCGAGGCCAAACAUAACUACUUUAAAAAGCUGGUAGACAACAUCAACAAUUUCAAAAAUAUCACCUAUUCCUUGGCUAUGAGGCAUCAAGCCCUUCAGACUUAUCGAAUGCAAAGUUCACAAGGCAACUAUUUGAGAGUGUCUUUGGAAAUUGGACCUGCUGUUGGAAGGGUAACAACUGUUCAAGAAGCAGGAGUAGAAGAUGAGCUGCAAGAGGCAGACCCCCAAACUAAAGGCGACAGUUCACUGACACGCACAUCCUGGGUUAAAGUUUAUGGAACCAAAUACGUAAAGGGCGAUGUUAUUGUAAUUGACUACCACCAUGGCUUUCCAAUUUUGGGAAAGAUCCAAAAGGUUUUGGUUGUUGAGAGACACAUAGUUUGGUUUCAGUACCUUAAAAUAAAUGUUACUGAAUUUGUCUGUCAUUUAAAUGCUUUUAAAGUUCAGCAACUGAACGAAAUAAGAUAUAUUAAGCAAUCUGAGCUUCUAGAUUAUUACCCCCUUGGUCUCGUUAAGGGAUUUGGUUGCUAUGCCAACCAAGUCUUCGUGACAUUGAAAUACAGAUUGGAUCUUAUGCAGUAAUGAUAUUUUUGGUUACAUUUUGCUAUAUUGAUGCAUGUAAAUAAUACAGAAAAAAUCAUGAUAAAUAGUAUAUUGCAGAAUAGAAAGUAAAGUUUCUUAAAAUGGCUGCAAAAAUAUAAAGAAAAAUUAUUAAAAAAAAUAAUUACUUUUGUUUCAACUAUGUUGUGGUGCUAUUCAUGCUCCAUUUUUUCUGAGUAGAAUUACUCAGAAACCAACUUGGAUAUCAUAAUGCGAUUGAGUAAUUUAACUCAACAUUUGAGUUAGAUUCUCUGAAUUAUCAAAGAGUUAUUGGGUAUUUCAAUGAUUUAUGGGUGUUUUAUUCAUGUACUUUGGCCAUUUUAGGGAUGGAUCGAUUUGUAAAGGUUGUUUAAUAUUGUUCGAAUUUGUGUCAAUUGCUUGUGUACUAUGUCUUGUCAUAGUGCACGUGUUACUUUAUACUGUUACAUAAUGUGUAGCAAAUAUAGCAAAAAUAUCCCAGCAGAAAGCAUCCUUUGCUGGUAAAGCCCAUCUCAAAAUCAUCCCUCAUCCCUGUAUUCCUUAUGACAGACUCAACUUUUAGUUAAUUUACUCAAUACCUAGUAAAUAAACUCACAUAUUGUGAGUUAUAUUACUUGACA